AUCACGGAGAAACGAAUCACCUCCUAGGUCGUUAGUAUGCUUAGGAAUGCCAUCUCGCGGUGCUUUACUUCGGGAUACGCUUCUACCUGGGGUUUCUCUUACAGCGUAUGAAAGUUCCCGGGCUUUGGUUAGGAACACCUGGUAAUGUGGUUAUUCUUACUGGAUAACGCCCGGUCUAGCCCGCAGUUUUAUGUUUGUGUAAUAAUAAUAAGUCAAACGGCUUUCGGUGGCAGCCAUGUUCCCUGUAAAAUCCCAAGGAACGUGAAAUUUACACACCAAGAACUGUCCGUUUAUAAACGAGUAAAAGGUUUAACAGUCCACCUCAGAGUAUAACACAUACACGCACGCAUAGUCAGUCAACACCGAUAAAAUGGGCAACGUCGAGAAUAUUCCAGAUGUAGCACCCGAUGCUAUACCGACUGUAGAUAUUAGCCCCUUCACGGACCCAAAUUCACCUGAGAAGGCGAAGCAAGAUGUUGUCAAUGCUGUACGUCACGCUUGCACCACGUACGGUUUCUUCUAUCUAGCUGGUCAUGGCGUGAGCGAAAAGAAACGCAGCGGUAUCCUCCAGUGUGCUAAGCGAUUCUUCGACCUCCCCCGGGAGGAACUUAUGGAGGUUUGGAUCGGAAAAUCCAUGGGUAAAUCAUUCCGCGGCUACGAACCUCCCGGAAUACAAACCCAUCAGAAGGGUCUUUUACCCGAUAUCAAGGAGUGCUUCUCUAUCGGCCAUGAGGUCCCAGCUGAUCAUCCAGAUGCGGGAACCUUCUCCACCGGCCCGAAUCUAUGGCCCAAAGCCCUGAAAGACGAAGAGUUUAGAGCUCCUAUCAUGGAGUAUCAGGCCACCAUGCUCGCGGUCUCCAAAGUGCUGCUCAAGAUUCUUGCCCGCGGUCUCCCACAGGCCUGGAGAAACCCCCCUGACGUAAUGGACGAGAUCGCUGUCAACCCAUCCAUGCCUAUGAGAUUACUGCACUACGCUCCCCAGGAAGUCCUCGACGAGCGACAAUUUGGCGUGGGCGACCACACCGACUUCGGAUGCAUCACCAUCCUGCUCCAGGAGAUGGGCACGAAGGGCCUGGAGGUAUGGUACCCGCCGACGGAGACGUGGAUCCCGGUGCGGCCCAAGGAGGACACGUACGUGAUCAACAUGGGCGACAUGAUGCAGAAGUGGACCGCGGGCUACUACCGCAGCGCGCGCCACCGCGUCAUCACCUCCGGCACCAACCACCGGUACUCCGUCCCCUGGUUCCUCAACGGCCAGCUCAAGCUCAAGUGCAAGGCCCUGGACGGCUCUGGCGUCGAGACUGUUGUUGGGGAGCACAUACGCCAACGCCUCAUCGCUACGAUGGGCGAGGCCGGAAAGGCCCUUCAGUAGGCGGUGGACUUGCUGCGGCUGAGACAUGCGGCGGGGGAAUACCUAGAUGCAAGUUUCGGUGUGUUUGAACUAGUGUAUGCGAUUUUGCACAUAAAU